GGCUCGAGUGGCCGGGCAUUUGCCCCCGCCGGGCGUUUGCCCUGGCCGUGGGCGCUGCGCGGGCCAUCCCCGGACCGUCCUGCUGGCGGCCGCCCUUCACGUCUGGGGAGCCAUGUUCAAGAACACGUAUCAGUCUGGCUUCUUGUCCGUUCUGUAUUCCAUCGGCAGCAAGCCGUUGCAGAUUUGGGACAAGAAGGAACACGACUGCCAAGAGGUAAGCCAGGACGCCGAGGCGAAGCCAGGACUGUUCCAGCCGCAUUGGACUGAGUGGUGCCCACUGGGAGAGGAUCAGAUCUCAACCUCUUUGUUGAACGCCAGGUCGGGCACGUAUUGCGAGUUGCCGGUGAUGAUCAUCAAGAACUUGAAGAAAUACUUCACCUUUGAGGUUACCGUGCUCGACGACAAGGAGGUGAGGCGCCGCUUCCGCGCGUCGAACUACCAGAGCACCACCCGCGUGAAACCGUUCAUCUGCACCAUGCCGAUGCGCCUAGACGAGGGGUGGAACCAGAUCCAGUUCAACCUGUCGGACUUCACCCGGCGCGCGUACGGCACGAAUUACAUCGAGACUCUCCGAUUGCAGUUGCACGCGAACUGCCGGAUCCGCAGGAUCUAUUUUUCCGACAGGCUGUACAGCGAGGAGGAGCUGCCGCCGGAGUUCAAGCUCUUCCUGCCGGUGGCCAAGAAGGGCGCGGCGGACGCGGCGGCCGCGGGGGCGACGGCGGCGGCGUGA